UUCAGUUACCCAAAAUUAGUUCACGCUUUCUACCCAACUCAGAUUCAAUUCAUCGCACACCUCGUCUUCGUUCUUUUCUUCCCGCCAACGAAAACAAAAAAACUGACUAUAAAACACACACACACACAAACAAACACAUCACAACAAACAAAUCAAAUGAGGAAUGCAAAACGAAACCCUCUUUCAGAUCUAACCAAUUCAAACCAUUUUUCAUCUUCAUCCGUUUCUUCAUCAGCCACAAUUCACCCAAUCAAGAACACUCCAAACAAAACCUCCACCAUUCGCCGAAACCAUUCUCCUCUUUCACAAACCAAUUUCAAUCUAAUUGAUGUUAAGCCAUCAACACUUCGUUGCGGAAAGAAUCAAAAGAAAGCACUAGCGUUACCGACUCCGUUAACCGUUCGAUGCCGAAAGAAGCAGCGUGUUGUGUCUACUGAAGAAGUGGAGCUUCAAGAUUUCAUUCAGAAACAGAAAGCAUACUAUAAGGAGAUUGAUGAAUUUCAACUUGAGGAGGAAGAGGUCGAAUCUAUUGAUGCAUGAUAUAAUAUUUUACUACUUUAGGUUAAUACAUAAAUGCAGUAGUAGAAGUUAAUUGUUCAUGUUGAUAUAGGAUUUGGAUUCUAUAUAUAGUAUAUACUCUUCCCAAUUUCCUAAUUAAGUUUGUAAUCAAGGCAAAAAAGUUGUUUAAUAUGGUAGGUAAUUACACGAGUUCGUAAAUUGACCUUAGAAACUCAAUCUUGUAGUAUAUUUUUGCAAUUCAAACCUUGAUAUGAAUACUUGCCAUGUUUUACAA